AUGAGAGGGAAUGUUGAUGCUGGGCCGGCGGUGCCCAAUAUGGUUCACUCUGAAGCCGACUAUGCCAUGGUCCGGAAUGCGGAUGGGACGGAAAGUCCACAGCGCAUCUUCAGAAGACACAAAACUUUGCCCCGACCGGGUACAGCAUCGUCGACUGGUUCGCGAAGCUCAAGUCCCGCUCGGCCUUCGCGGACUACCCAGCUACGACGGUCAAGAUAUCGACCGGCCGGCCCCGAACCGCCCCCGACGCCGCCUACCCAUUCACGUACCUCGUCAUCAGCCAAGUCGAUGCAAUCAAUAGACCAGUCAAGCCCAACAAACUCGGGCAGUCCGCUGCAAAGCACCGAUAAUGUGCAGCAUGUUCAACCACGUCCCCCAACCACGCCACCGAACCAACGUACUCCACCAACUCCGAACUUGACCCCCGAAAGAAUUCCCCCGCCGGCUCCUGAACCACCAAAACGUCCUGCCCGGCCCCAGCUGCAGGUCCAAACCCAGCCUGAGGCUCAGUCCCAGUUCUCAGGCCAGUCCCGGCCCCGACCACGGCUUCUUGUUGACGAUCGGAUGCCAUCCAAAGCGACGACAGUAGAUUCAAGAUCGGAAUCAUUCAAGACAGCACCCGAAGCCCCUAUCACUCCAGAAGAUGAGGAUGACGGAAAAUCGACUGUGCGGCCCGAGAUGUCGUCGAGGGGAACAUCGCGAAGUACGAUCCGUCAGGCUAACAGAGGAGCAAAAUUGCAACCGCAGACUGUAGGUUUGGGCAUUGACAUCGGGGUGAACUCAAGCGUUGGAGAUGGAUUAACGCCAGCAGCAGAGAGGGAAGUUCAGCUUGGGCGAGAUGCGUACGAGGGAGGGUGGGGCGGCCAGGGAACGCAGGGAGGAAACUUGAAUUCUGAAGAAGAGGUGGUUGAGGAAUGGGACGAAAAUCUGGAAAGGAAUGUGAUUGUCAGCAGGCGACGUGCGGCACCCAGAUGGAACGCUACCAAAAAUCGCAACUCGGUGUUUAUGGAACCGCCAACCACCACGACAACAAUUACACCAACAACAGCUGCGAUGACGAGAGUACUACCUCUACGCGCCAUGAACCUCGAGGAACAGCAACGGGCCCUCCCUCGCUCAGAGCCAUCGACGAGUGGGGACACGCGGCGCUUUUCCACGACUUCCAACCAGUCCGCCACCUCCACGAUUAUGGGCACUAUUGUCGUCGGUGAUGAUACGGGUUCUCAGCGACGCAACACACUCCGACACGUACGAAAGCCCACUCUGCCUCUGCGUGAUUCUGUCUCCGAUCUUGCUCAAUCAACCACUUCUUUUGCUCCAGCCCCGGCUCCGGCUCUGGCUCCAGCACCAGAAGUCUUCCAACGACGACCACAGCUUGAGCAAAAAUCAGGCGGUCCUCCCCGCGAAAGUUAUUUUUCAACCACUUCCACCUCCAGCCGGAAAGCCAGGAGGGAUGUGUGGAAAACUGGGUCAAUACCUGUGGUGAUCGUACCAGAGCGUCGGACCUCCCUCAAGUCCAAUGGAAAACCUCCUUCUCUUCGUUCGAUGAGCAGUCGGAGAUCUAAACGGAGCCAAAGCCUGAGUUCCGUUGGGCGACGGUCACAGGCGUCCGCGAGCAACUUUACUAUUGACAUAUAUAUGGACCAGCCGCGGCGCAGCAGGAACAUCUCCGAAUCUGACAGAUCUCGAGCCGGCGAUCCUCGAACUGCCGACUUUCCGCCGUACAUCCCUAGGCGGUCAUCUUCUCUUUCCGCUACUACCAGUCGCAACGUGUCAAGGACGGGGUCUCUCACGGCGGAAAGCCUCCGAGCCCAUGACGCACUCUACGAGCAACAGAAAGCUUCGCAAACAGUUGAACGGGCAGUAGAAAAACUACAGAGGGAAAAGCGGCCGCCUCCAAAGCCGGUAAAUACGUCUAGACAAUACCGCAGGACGAUUGACGGAAACGACUUGGAACCAGAGCGACGUCAGUCUGGGACUAUCAACAUCAAAUUCUCCCCUUCGAUUCAGUCAAGCAACUUUGACAACAGUGACCCGCGAACGCCGCGUAGCUUUCCUGCUGAUCACAAUGAUGAUGGCGGUCCUCGUCACAGUUACGAAUACAACAAGAGGAAUUCUGUUCAACAUACCCCUUUCUCGCAAGCUUCCGUAGAGACGGGCGCCUCCCAUGCCGAAGUAUCAGAGGCGAGAGCGAUACCGAUCUACCCGCAUCAGAACAAGUCUGUGAUGAUUGUAAACCACUCCAAUAAGCCAUCCGAGGCCUCUUCCUCGGAUCGGCAAAGGUCUCCUCCAACAGCCACCCCCAUCAUUGCCGCCACCGAUGCCGAAGGAAAUCCUAUAACACCGCCGCAAGACCUCUCAAGGGGUGAUGAAAACUUCUCCCCCUUGAGAAACCCAAGAGCACCCCCCAAACCACCCCCGGCAAUCAAUUUCAUUCCGGCAACGCCUUCGGGUCUAACACCAACCACGGAAAAGGAGAAGGAGCUUGGUAGUUUCUACGAUGAUAUGCCCGAGCCAGAGGAGCCUAAACCCGAAAGCGGAUUCGCCAUGCUCCGCCGGAAGCUAAGCCGUCGCCGGACCUCGGAAACAACUGGGUCCCGUCCGGGGUUCCUUACGCGUACAUUUUCAUUGUCAAAGUAUACGAAAAACUACGAGUCGGAUGGUGGCAGCAGUGAUAGGCUGAAGAGACCCCACCUGAAGAGGUCCUUUACAGCCGAUGACGCCCCCGUCGAGCCAGACAAGCUUCACCCUGACUGGCGGCCAUCCUACCAGUCCGAUUUCUCAGACAGCGGAAGCGAGGACGAGGAGCGCUGGGACUACCCGCCCAUCGACAACCGUCCCCAACGGCCGGGUCUGCUGCCUAAACGGAGUCUGAGCCAGAGGAUGAAGAAGGCAUUCGCCAUCAUGCCGUUGCGCAACGGCUCAAAGUACGACGCCUCAUACUCGACAGAUAGCGGUGACGUGCCUGACCAAUACAAGCGGACUAUCCGACGCACGCCGAGCGGCAGUCUGCGGGUCAUGAAGAUUCGGCAAAGCCUGGAGUCUAUGGCGCAGUCCAUGGCACGGCCGUCCAUCUCGUCCGAAAGACCCACCAGACCGUCCAUAUCAUCACCUUCAGAGACACCCCGACCAUCUAUCUCUACUGAAGCGCCUCCUCGACCUUCGAUCUCCCCCGACUCCAGCUCAACCCGGCCUUCCAUGUCCUCCGAAAACCCCCGCUUCUACCCGCCCCGCGUCCGAAGAAACUACGGCGCACUCUUCCAGCGCCAGCCACGACCUCCCCCUGCUGUCUCGUCAGCAGCGCCGCCCCUAACUCCCUCUUCCGUGUCCACCUUUGCGACCGGCUACUCUGCCACCUCUAUUUCCCCACCCACUGUAGCUGGAGGACCGCCACAACCGCCACCCAUGAAGAGACGCGGUAGUCUCAGUGAGAAGAUCCUACCUGUCUUGAACGAAAAGGUCAACAUUGUGCGGAGGCUGAGCGAGAAGCGGAAGGAGAAGAAGAGGGAUGAGAUGCGGAAGACGAUCAGUCAUCCGAGAGUGGUCAGGGAUGGAUUGGGCGAAGUGAUCAAGCAUGAUACAGGGAGGGAGAUCUUUGCGAUGAACCAGGGUCAGCCGGGACAGCAGCCGGGACAACAGUUGAGGCAGUCGCCGCCUGCUAUGAGCACCCCUGCGAGGAGGGGGUCACCGCCUAGGAUAGGGAGGGGGUCUCCUAUUUAA